AUGAAAUAUUAUGAAUUAAUAUCAGAGGUAAAACAACUUAAACUGAAAUCAAGAGGCCAUAAACUUUUGAAAAAAUAUGACGUAAUAACAGUAUCUAAUGUGGAAAAAUUAAUUGUUCAAAAAGGCAGUACUGCAAAGAAAGGUCUUGUUGUAAAACCAAUAAUCUCAAAUGAAUUGAAUUCUAGAUGUCAAUUUGAUCUCGUAGAUAUGCAGGCACAACCUGACGGAAACUAUAAAUUUAUUUUAGUGUAUCAGGAGCAUCUGACAAAAUUUGUUUUGCUUCGCCCGUUAAUGCAUAAGCGUGCUGAAGAAGUAGCUUAUGUAGUUCUUGUUAUUUUUACAACAUUUGGCGCACCAACGAUUCUACAAAGCGACAAUGUCCAAGAAUUCGUGAAUAAAAUAAUAAAUGAAUUAUGUAAUAUGUGGAAAGAUCUAAAAAUUAUACACGAAAAACCGAGACAUUCGCAGUCAAGUCAAGGGUCCGUCAAAAGGGCCAAUCAAGAUGUGGAAAAUAUACUUGCCACUUGGUUACAAGACAACAAAACAAAAAAAUGGAGUGAAGGACUAAAAUUUGUUCAAUUCAUAAAAAAUCGAUCCUUACAUCAUGGAAUAAAAUGCAGCCAAUAUGAAGCAAUGUUUGGAUGUAGUGCUAAAAUUGGAUUAAAAUCAUCGCUACUUUUAAUAUCAAUCAUUAAUAAAUUGAUAACCGAAGAAUAUUUAGAGGCAACUAUUACGUCAAUGAAUACUGGAGAUCAUAGUGAAUUUGAUGAAGCAUUGAUUGAAGAAAAUGAUGAAGAAAAAAAAAUAGAUAAUAGAAUAAAUAAAAUAACUACUGUAAGAACAGAGUCAGUCGAAACUUCGAAAUUCAAGCGAAUCGAAUGA